AUGUAUACUCUUGAGUGUGACGUUUUGAUCAUUGGCUCUGGCCCUCUUGGUGCGACCUAUGCCAGGCAAAUUCUGCAGCCUUAUAACGAAAGCGUCACUUCUAAUGGCGAUCUACCCCGCAUAAUCAUGCUGGAGUCUGGUGCUCAGGAGUCUAAAAUUCCAGGCGAUCAUAAGAAGAACGCUGUCAGCUUUCAGAAGGACAUCGACGCAUUCGUCCAUGUUAUUCACGGGAGCCUCCACACGUCCUCCGUCCCCACUCAGACAAACCGGAACCUCACGCUUCCCCCAGUAGCUUGGUCUCCCAGAGUGGAGCAAACCUUCAACGGUCAGAACAAGCAUCAGGACCCAUACAAGAAUUUGGAUGCCAAUGGAGUGUCUCGCACAGUCGGCGGCAUGGCCACCCACUGGACAUGUUCCACCCCACGUCAAGAUCCCAGCGUGGAGCGCCCUAAGAUUUAUGACGAUAAAACUUGGGAUGAGCUCUACACCAAAGCCGAAGGUCUGAUCGGAACGAGCGAGACGGUCCUUGAAAAUUCAAUCCGCCAACGGCUAGUCCUGGAAACUUUGCGCAACGCAUUCCCAGACCGCAAAGUCAAGCCACUACCCCUGGCAGCGAAAAAGGUCGAAAAAAAGAACCUGAUCACAUGGUCCUCUGCUGCAACUGUGCUAGCAGAUCUGGCUAAGCUCAAUACUGAUAUACUGAGGCCAGUUUUUGUCAUUCUAGAUCAGCACAUUUGCAAACGGCUCCACGUUGAAAAAGUGAAAGGGAAAAGUAAUGGAGCAAAAGCUUCCAUUAAGUAUGCCGAGGUCGUGGAUCUUGCAGCACCGGGUGGCAAGGAUAGAAAGAUCAUCAAUGCCAAACAUUUUAUCGUUUGUGGAGGUCCCAUUUUGACACCGCAGCUACUUUACAAGUCCGGCUUUAUGCCUGAAGACAAGAUCAAUGUCUCGGUGCCUUCGCACCUCCGACUCCCUCACUUGGGUUACAACCUGACUGAACAGCCUAUGUGCUUCUCGCAAAUCGUUCUAAAGGACAACCUUGUCAGGGAGCUUCAAACUCGUAACUGGGAGAGCGAAGAAUGUGACGACCACCGCAAGAAGCACCCAGAGGAUAUUCUUGGAAUUCCCUACGACGACCUCGACCCACAAGUCAGCCUACCUUUCCUUCCAUCCAAACCCUGGCAUACUCAAAUUCACCGUGACGCCUUUUCAUACGGCGCCGUGCCACCUGCGAUUGACAAGCGCACCAUCGUCGAUCUCCGCUACUUUGGGCUGAUGCAGUCCCAAAAACGAAACCGUCUUUGGUUCGCGGAUGAUGUGACCGACGCAUACGGAAUGCCGCAGCCUACUUUCGACGUCAAGCUUUCCAAGGCAGACAGGAUUGUCUCACACAGGAUGAUGGAAGAUAUGGAAGCUGUUGCCGGCAGUCUCGGCGGCUAUCUCCCCGGGUCUGAGCCACAAUUUCUUGCUCCAGGUCUUGCACUCCAUGUCUGCGGCACCACUGUGGCGGCAAAGCAGCGGAGUGGCGCUACGGAGACGGAAAUGAAAGAAGAGUCUUGCUGUAACGAGAGCUCUAGAAUCUGGGAUACAACCAACCUUUACGUUGGUGGACUAAAUGUUGUCCCCGGUCCUAAUGCUUCAAAUCCUACCUUGACUGCAAUGUGCUUUGCUAUCAAGGGGGCUGAGGCCAUCAGGAAAACACUUGGUAUUACUACUGUCACUAACAAGAACAACAAGAAAAAAGAGCAAAGGUGUGGGGCUUCUUACGAUAAGGAUGAUGCUUUGGAAACUUCGGCCGAUGACAACGACUCUGAACGCGACUAG